GGGUGUGGAAGUUUACGUGUUUCUGGUUUGCCCGAGGAUUCUGGUAUGAACGGUGACUAUGAAAUUAAUGGCGACCCCAAUGCACUAUUACCACGGUACACGAAAGAGGGUAAUGCAGAGUACAACAUGUAUUUUGUUCAGAAUUCCAGAACACAAGGCAGAUGGGUAAUCGCUACUAAGUUUCAUUCGACCCUUUAUGAUGCUCGUUCGAAUAUUGUCCCUUUUGGCUCUAAUCAAAUUGAUCCAUCUGGAACCAGCUGGGAAUAUAAGGAAGGAUCUACAAGGAUGACGCAGAAAAAUUCAAAGUGGGUUUGUCUCGAUGGUAUGUAU